ACUGACAUUGUUUACAGUUCGUUUAUUUAAGUGAUUAGGUCAAAAACAAUGUACUGUAUUGUUCAUUAUAAGGUUGACAUAAAUUUUAAAUUAAAUAUCGAAAUAUCUCGAAUCGAGUAAGAAAUUACUACGAUUGAUUGCAAGGUAGAAGAAGAGAAAGAAGGAAGGAGAAUGCAGAGAAAGAGUGUUUGUGUUUACAGCCGGAAAUUACUUAGUUUUUGAGUGAAACUCUGGACUAGGCCGGUGUUGGGGGCUGGAGGAGGUGGGGAAAACCCAGAUAGAGUGCCGUUUCACCAGGCGCAGCUCCUACUUACUAGGGCGGGGUCAAUUCUCGGAAGGACUAUAUCAGGGGGCCCUUUGUCUAGGGUUCACUAUCAGACAUCAAUACCCAAAUGUAAUAAUGAAAUCCUUGAAGAGGCAGAAAGUAGAAAGUGCAGUAGAACAGAAUCUCAAAAAAUCAUCCGAAUCCGAUCUCGCGAAUAAAAUCCAAAAAACAGGACCAGGCGAAAAAAACGAGGACGAAGUUAGUGUUACUCUCGAUGAACAUCUCUUCGUAAAAGACAUAGUUCCAUCUUCCCCAAACAGCAUUCCCGACGCAAUAUUGGCCCUUGAGAAAAACCUCUCAACAAAAUUAAGUGAAAUUAAAUUCAAAGCGCCCAUAGAUUACAUAUAUAAUCCAAUAGAAUACGCUCACGAUGUUCACUCGAAUUACGUGCAUACUUACUGUCAGGGAACAAAAAAGAUUUUGUUCUUAGGCAUGAAUCCUGGACCCUGGGGUAUGUCUCAAAACGGAGUUCCUUUUGGAGAAGUGUCGAUGGCCAAAGAAUGGCUUAAAAUGUCAGGAAAGAUACAAAAACCGCCUCGUGAACACCCGGAAAGAAAAAUCACAGGUUUUGAUUGUACUCGUAAAGAAGUCAGUGGAUUGAGAUUUUGGGGCUUUUUCCGUGAUCUCUGCGAAAAACCAGAAAAUUUCUUUCGCCACAGCUACGUCCACAACUAUUGCCCUUUGGCUUUUAUGACUUCGAAUGCCCGGAACAUCACUCCUGCAGAUAUAAAGACUGAGGAACAGAAGAAGCUUCUGAAGAUCUGUGAUGAUGUCCUCGAGGAAAUCUUUAAGCUGCUAAAGGUCGAGAUCGUUAUUGGUAUUGGCAGAUUUGUAGAGGAAAGAGCGAAAAUUGUUAUGAGGAAUGGAAAAAUUAAUAUAAAGGUCAUUUAUAUGGCGCACCCUAGUCCGAGAGCCCUACACAACGAAAACUGGCCCGAAAAGGCAAAAGCAACCUUGGAAGAUCAGCAGCUGCUUGAAUUCUUCGCCAAAUAAUUCCUUAAACAAGAAAUUGAUCAUCGUGUUCAGUAUUCUUUAAAAUACUCUUAACCUAUUUUACAUGUCUUACGUGUAUCGUCGAUUCGUACACUUAAAUUUCUAAUUUAUUACAACAAUUGUAACGAGUA